UGCUGGUGAAGGAACUACGGAGUUUACGUCACUGCCUGAGAAAGGCGUUGCGUUAGUUCCGUAGUUACCAUAACAACCGAACAUAUACGGAAGUAAUCACACGCAGCGGACGAUACAAACCAGCGAAUAAGCACCCUAACGAAGAAGAUGGCAAGUCCGCGAACAUCCGAGCAGCCCCCGCCUCAUAUUGAUCCCACACAGGCGCCGGUGGCCUUCGGUAGCUGGGCGAUCCCGAGGCUGCUGCUGGAGCUGCAGGACGCGGAGCGGUUCACCCGACAGAGGGCGCUCGCGGCACUCUGCGACCUCGUGCACGACCACGAGCGGGCCUAUGACGCUAUCCUCAGCGGGUGUAUGGAAAGACUUAAAGUUUUGCUGCAAGACGAAGAUGACUUAGUCAGGGUCAAAACCACUGAAGUGCUUUAUGUGCUUGCCUCACACAGCUUGGGGAGAGAUGCCUUUUUGAAACUUGACAUUGUUGGUCCCCUCACAAGCCUGAUUGAGGACCCUGUGAAUGCCUGUCGUAAAAACGUGCACCAAGCACUCAACCGGAUCGCCGAAUUUCCUUCAGGAGCAGUGUUCAUGGUGUCUAUGGGGCUGGUGCCUAAACUGGUGUUGAAGGUCUCUGAUGAAGAAGAGAGCAUCCGUGCUUUAAUUCUCUCCACACUGAGCUGCUGUGUGAGUGUGAACGCCCUUCCUGCGCUGGAGAGUGAUGCGGUUCCUGUCCUGAGAGACCAGCUCUCUCACCCCUCCCCUGCCAUCCGCCGGGCAGCCUCCUCUGCUUUAGUGGGAAUCAGUGUGCCUGCAGAUGGGAAGAUGAAGGUGUGUGAGGAGCAUCUUCUGCCCAUAUUAGUCAAGCUGCUGGCGGAUGAUGACCGAGGAGUUGUCGCUAAUGCUGCAGGAACCAUUAUGAACACGGCUGUUAUCACUAAGGGUAAGAGCGAGGCUCUGGACGCAGGUGCCAUUGCUCCGCUGCUGCAGCUGGUGGUGAGUGAGAAUACAGCAGUGUGUGUCAAUGCCCUCCGUGCCCUUACAGUCCUGGCAGAGGUUCCUAGGGCCCGGGCCCAGCUGCUGGAGCAUGUGCCUCUGCUGAAGACCAGACGAACACACCCCAACACCAUCAUCCAGAGAGCUGCAUCCACGGCCAUUGAAGUCAUCUCCUGGAGACCAUGAGAGAAACAAGAGCUCUCCUCAUACCAAGAAAAGAAGGAAUUAGCCAUACAAAACACACUCAUUUUAUAAAGGAAAAUAAAGUUAGAAGAACAGAAUAAUAUUAAGAAUUCUGAUGCAUGUGACGUUGUUUGUUUAGAAUGCAAAAUCUGUUACAGAUAAGCAGCGCUGCAACUAUUCCAACUUGCGUACGUGACUGAAACGUUUCAUAAAUGUUCAUUAAUAUAGUAUAAACGUGAUAAACGUAUACUGAAAGGCAAGCUA